AUGAAGAGUGUAACAGGAGUGCUAGUGAUUUUACUAUUGAGUCAAAGUGUUUUGUGUAGUCCAAAGAAGAUCAACACAGAUUUUUUGAAUUUGCUUAGUUCUAAGACAAAUGUGAUGAGUUCCUAGGAUGCCAUAUAAUCUGUUUUGACACUCUUGGAAGAUUUAUAAGGUGCCAAUGUCGAAGCUCAAGACAAGGCUGAUCUCACCUUCUAGAGAUUCGAGAAUGCCAUCUUAUAAGAUAUCAAUGAAUUCUCAGGGAUUGUGAAUGUCAACUCAAAGAGUGCUGCCGCUGCUUCACAAGACCUCGAAGCUGUUGAUUUGAAGAUACAACAAACUACAGAUUACUUGAAUUGGAAUAAUAAGAGAUAUAAGGCAAAUGAACUUAAAUUAGAAAACUUGGCAGAAUAACGUUGUGAAGCCAAUGCUUUGUUCAUUGACACCCUUAGAGAGUACAAAAAUGCACUUUCAGUACUCGAUUGGGUUAGAAGUGAUGCUCAAAGCAAAUAAACUAAUUUGGUUGAAAAAAGUCACGUUGGAGAUUAUGCUGAGAAAUUGAGCAAGUAUGCCAACCUUUUCGAAGAACAAGCAGUCUAAGACUUUGUGAAAUUAGGAGAUGAUGAGGCUUCAUUCUCACAAACCAGACAGAGAGGAAAUGGUGAAUAAUUAGUGUAAUUGAUGACAAAGGAUGUUGUAGGAGUAAUUUAAUAAUUGAUUGAAAAAUUGAGAGACACAAUCAAGGGAUUGGAAGAGUAAGAAAUCCAAUCUGCCAACGAUUUCGCUGAUUUCAAAACCAAUCUCUUGGCUGAAUAGGAAUCUUUGAAAUAAGAGUAUGAUGCUAAAGCCAAGUUCUUGAAUUCCUUAUAGAAUGACAAAGAAUUGGCAUCUGAUAUCUUAACCAAAAAGAAGGAGUUGUAAGAUCAAAGCAUGAGAAUUCUCAGUUUGACUCAAGAGGAAUACAACUAUAAAAAGAAGUUGUACAACUCAGAGAAGGAUAAAAGACACGAGGAGAAUCAAUUAUUAGAGGAAUCGUUGUUGAUUUACAGAGAGAAGAUUGCAACUGUUAAUGAAUAUCUCAAGAAACGAGUAAAUGAAUAUGUUGGUGACUCUUUGAUUGAGGAACAUGCAGUCUCCAAAUAGUAAUCAGUUUCAGCAAGAAAAGGAUAAUGAGACAAUAUUCAAAAGAUAAAGAUUAAUAUUAACUAAUCAUAUAUAUAUAUA